CCAUGCCCGCGUCGGGCGCGCCCUGGCCCGCGCCCCGCCGCCGCCCCCCGGCCCCCGCGUCGCCCCAUAGCCCGGGCCGCACUGCGAGCCGCCCGCAGCGGCCCUGAGCCCCUAUCCCUGCACGCUGCCUGGGAACCGAAGCGCAGAAGCGAGCGCGCCUGGAAGCGAGACCCAGAGAAGGAGCGGGAAGCAGAGCGCAGCCGCCGCCGGGCCCUGCGCGCCCCGGGAGCGCAGCGCGGCCCUGCCCGCGGGCUCCGGGUGUCCGCGGGGCGGCGCCGCGGAACAUGACGGCGCCCUGGGCGGCCCUCGCCCUUCUCUGGGGAUCGCUGUGCGCCGGUUCCGGGCGCGGGGAGGCUGAGACUCGGGAGUGCAUCUACUACAACGCCAACUGGGAGCUAGAGCGCACCAACCAGAGCGGCCUGGAGCGCUGUGAGGGCGAGCAGGACAAGCGGCUGCACUGCUACGCCUCCUGGCGCAACAGCUCGGGCACUAUCGAACUCGUGAAGAAGGGCUGCUGGCUGGAUGACUUCAAUUGCUACGACAGGCAGGAGUGUGUGGCCACUGAGGAAAACCCCCAGGUGUACUUCUGCUGCUGUGAAGGCAACUUCUGCAACGAGCGCUUCACCCACUUGCCGGAGCCUGGAGGCCCAGAAGUCACCUACGAGCCACCCCCGACAGCCCCCACCCUGCUCACGGUACUGGCUUACUCGCUGCUGCCCAUUGGGGGCCUCUCCCUCAUUAUCCUGCUGGCCUUCUGGAUGUAUCGGCAUCGCAAGCCUCCCUACGGCCACGUGGAUGUCCAUGAGGACCCCGGACCUCCACCCCCAUCCCCUCUGGUGGGCCUGAAGCCGCUGCAGCUGCUGGAGAUCAAGGCUCGGGGUCGCUUUGGCUGUGUUUGGAAGGCUCAGCUCAUGAAUGACUUCGUGGCUGUAAAGAUCUUCCCACUGCAGGACAAGCAGUCGUGGCAGAGCGAACGGGAGAUCUUCAGCACGCCAGGCAUGAAGCACGAGAACCUGUUGCAGUUCAUUGCUGCCGAGAAGCGAGGCUCCAACCUGGAAGUGGAGCUGUGGCUCAUCACAGCCUUCCACGACAAGGGCUCCCUCACGGAUUACCUCAAGGGGAACAUUAUCACCUGGAACGAACUGUGUCAUGUGGCAGAGACAAUGUCACGAGGCCUCUCGUACCUGCACGAGGAUGUGCCCUGGUGCCGUGGCGAGGGCCACAAGCCUUCUAUUGCCCACAGGGACUUCAAAAGCAAGAAUGUCCUGCUGAAGAGUGACCUCACUGCUGUGCUGGCAGACUUUGGCCUGGCUGUUCGGUUUGAGCCGGGGAAGCCUCCAGGGGACACCCAUGGGCAGGUUGGCACGAGACGGUACAUGGCCCCUGAGGUACUGGAGGGAGCCAUCAACUUCCAGAGAGAUGCCUUCCUGCGCAUCGACAUGUACGCUAUGGGGCUGGUGCUGUGGGAGCUGGUUUCUCGUUGCAAGGCUGCAGACGGGCCUGUCGAUGAGUACAUGCUGCCCUUUGAGGAGGAGAUUGGCCAGCACCCUUCACUGGAGGAACUGCAGGAGGUGGUUGUCCACAAGAAGAUGAGGCCCACCAUUAAGGAUCACUGGCUGAAGCAUCCGGGCCUGGCCCAGCUCUGUGUGACCAUUGAGGAGUGCUGGGACCACGAUGCCGAGGCUCGCCUUUCUGCGGGCUGCGUGGAGGAGCGGGUGUCCCUCAUCAGGAGGUCGGUCAACGGCACUACCUCGGACUGUCUAGUCUCUCUGGUGACCUCCGUCACCAAUGUGGAUCUGCCCCCUAAAGAGUCCAGCAUCUAAGCCUAGGAUACGAGCGUCUCUCCAGACUCAGUGGAUCUGAAGACAAAAGGAAAAAAGUUGUGUUUUGUUUUGGAAAUCCCAUAUAACCAACAAACACAUAAAAUGCAGCUGCUAUUUUACCUUGACUUUUAUUAUUAUUAUAAUUAUUAUUAAUAAUAUUAUUUUUGGAUUGGAUCAGUUUUUACCAGCAUAUUGUUCUACUGUAUCGCAAACAGCGGACACGUCAGCAGGCGUUGAGGUGCUGAGCUGUGAAUGCAGAACCAGCGCCGUGCUGAAGAGCCUCAGCCACCUCCUGUCCUUCGGGAUCUGUUCCCCCAGCAUUCUUUUUGUCGUCUCAGCGUCUGUAACACAAAGAAACCCAUCUCCUGUCCUAGGAACCUCAAUGCUGCAAUCUCUACUAGAGGAACCUUUGAAGACUGUUACAUGAACAUACCCUUGCUCAGAAGAGGGUCCCCCUACCCCUUUAUUUUGUGUUUCUCCCUUUUCAGGCAGUGAGCUUACGAAAUGGCAGAUGUGUCUUCAUGGAUCUGAUGGGUGUCAUCCUGACCCAGCAGAGGGAAACAGAGAUGAAGGAGGAUGGUCUAGACCGAAGUUGGAGGGAGGAUGUUUCUGGGGCGGGUUGGGAGCGGAGCUACACUGGACUUGGGCACAUUUGGAGCAACACCCUUGGCUAUGGAGGCUGUUUUCUCAGGGACACUUAGUCCCAGCUCUAGCUGCAUUUUGGAAGCCAGCUCCCCUGCUUCUGUUCCCCAUAAAAGAAGACUUCUGUGCUCUCCAGCCGCCUGUCUCGGAAUGUAAUUCUGUUGUGCCUUGGUUUGUCACCCACUCCUCAAAAGCAACUGCAGUAAGCUUUCUCUACUUGUCUCUUCUAGCCCCCGCCCCUUCCCUGCCUCCCUUUCCAGCCCUGAUUUCUGGAUGCACUUGUGUGAUCCGGGUACUUUAAGAACCGGUUACCUCAGACCUCACAUUGAACGGUGUCUCCACCUGGGCUCUCUUGAUAACUGCCGACUCUUACCACAUGUGCAGGAGGCCCACUGAGUGUGGGCACUGACUCGUUUUAAAGCAAAACUCUUCCCAAAUGGACCAGGGGCUCCUGGCAAGCCUGUCCUGGCGCUGCGGGGGGGAGUGGGGAACUGGUUGGGCAUGUCAUCCGAAUGGUGCUUCCUGUGUCCUGUGCAUUCUGCCGUGUUCAGUAUUCUCCCGUGUCUGAAUAAGCAGAGCAACCUAACUAGCUGGUCUCGCACGCAAGUGAGCUCCAAAGACCAGCUCUUCGUAACGCCCUCAUUUCCAGUCUCCAGAGCUCAGACCUAGAACAUUCCGUCAAACAGCAGGGUAGAAGCCCCACCCCCACCCCAUCCACUGCCACAGUGUGUUCUGGGAAGAUGUCUGUAGUGUAUGUUGCUGUGGAAUUAGGCCUUGUGGGAUAUGGCUGCUUGUCAUUUUGAUGUAUUUUAAAUAAAUAAAUAUAUAUAUAUUUUUAAAGAGCCUUUUUUACCAGUUCAGAAAGCUUAAUUAACCAGCUGUCAUCACCUGAAUUUUUGUCUCUGGGGCACAGACGGCAGGGUGAGAUUAAAAGAGGUAACUCAGCCAUGAGUUGCCUGCCCUGGGCUGCCCUGCUGUCCCGCUGACCAUGGGACACUAGGGUCAGCUUGCACCUGGUGGGUUUCAACUCAGCCCUCCGGGUGUCUGGUGUCUGCCCUGCUUAGCGGACUGCUGACUUCAGUCCUUGCAAGUGCUUUAGCCCUAGUGGGGUUUUCCCAGAGCACUGCCACGAGCGAAGUGUAUGAGUUUAGCCAAAUAAUUUCUCUAUAAGGGAAAAGCGUGACAGAGACCAGAGUAGGAAACACAAGUUGUCAGAGGCCUCCUGGGAGCAAGCAGUUGUCACGUGGGCAGAGACCUCAGUUGAAAUGCUAGGCCCACCAACAAGAACGCAAUUAUUAAAAUGCCAGCAGCUUGCUUUCCCUCACUUUUCUUUUCCAGAAUUCUAUAAAAAUGCAAAGACAGUUGGGUGGUACUUGAGAACUGAAGGCGAGGGUUACUGCAGAUUAGCAACAAACUUGGAGAUUUCAGUGCCAUGACACAAAUCCACACGAUGCCAUUUUCAACUGUGCGAGAGAAUCUGCUUAUGAACGCGACAUGGUCCCAACGGUGACGUUAGAGGCCACAUUUUCACCCGCUGCUCAUUUUCCACAACUGCCCUUGAAUCUGUCUUAGUGUUGUGCAGUACUGCAAACUCACCUUGCGUCGAGUUUGAUGUCCAUUCCCGUGGAGAAGAGCAUUUGGCAUGUGACAGACAGUGAGCUGGAAAUAGAGCAGAGCAUCGAAUUUUGCAGGGACAGUGUUGGAACCAACAGAAAAUGUCACUUUUUAUUUACCAUCUUAUAUAUCAGUUUUACCAGCUACUUCUAAAUUUGUACAUUAUUUGGAAGAAAAAAAAAACUUAAGACUUGUCUAACUUAGUGGAGAAUGUGUGUGCUGCCCUUAGGAUGGGUAGCUAAGUCUCACUGAGCUGUGUUAUCUAACUUGUAUAUAUGAAUUGUAAUCAAAAGCUUGGAUUCAUCUGUUUCUCACAGUUUAAAACGACGAGUCAUUGCAAAGUCUGCAAGUGUGACUAGUCUAUGAUUUCAGGCUGUGUAGACGAGGAAGCUCUCUCAAGUGCUGAAACUAAAAACUUCUAGCUUGGGGCUCCAGUUCAAUUGAGUACUGUUUGUUUGCCAGAAUCUGUGAGGUGUAAAUGUAGCGGGACACUUUCCACCCUUGUAGCUAUAAAACAAACAUUUUGUAGAUCAGAAAAUAGCUUGUACUACUGAAUUAACAAAAGUUAUACUAAAGUAUCAUGUCUUUAAAAAAAUAUAUAUAUAUAUAAAUAUAUAUAUAUACAGAGUUAAGCUUGUUGCUGUUACCCUGUCUGGAUUUGAAAAGUGUGCUGAUUUAUAUAUAUCUAUAUAUAACACACACACACACACACACACACACACACACACAAUGGCCUGAAGCAGACAUCCAUGUAAUUACAGUUGUGAAAUGCAAAUGUUUUGGAAAGAACAUUGUAUCAUAGUUCAUUCAUUUGCAGUGGAUCUUUGCUCCUUUUUCCUGUGGUAAUUUUAGAAACGAGUGUCAAGUUUGAAAUUAGAUCUGCUAAGUUGGGGUUUUGCUGCUUGAAUACUGCACUGGGUCCUCAAACAAACCGAUGUGAAUGUAGUUUUUCCCCCUGUGUGAAGGAGCAGCCACACCCCCCAACAGAAUAGGAGGAAAA